CGCCGGCGCCGACUGUUCCCAUCCUCGGGCAUCACGUCAUUGGCGAAGGGGCUGGUUUCCUCUGUAGAGGAGGAGGAAGAGGAGGCGGAGGAGGACCCCGCUUUCCAUCAGCACCAAGGAGAGCUCCUCCCGACCUUCCCUCCCCUCCCCUGUCGCCAUUCGUCCGGCUUUUGCUGCUUUUUUUCUCCGAGCCAUCCAAGAAGGGGGCUGGAGCUAAUUUGGGGAAGAGAGAGAGGAGGGAGAUAUUUCAGAGCCAUCCGCUCUUGGGGGAGGUUGACCCAACGCCUUGUUUUCUGGGGGAAAAUAGGGAGAAGAGGAAGGGGGAGGGGAGGGGGUGGGGAGGAGGAGGAAGAGGAAGAAGAGGAGGAGGAAGAGGUAGCAGUGACACCACCAGGGCUAUUGAGAGCAUCUUUCCCCUGGAUGGAAUCACAUUGUAUCCGGUCCACUAUGGCGCUGGGGUUGUCCUCCAAGAAAACCUCUUCCCGGAACGUCUCAGUAGAAAGGAAAAAUCUGAUUACAGUCUGCAGAUUCUCUGUGAAUACUUUAUUGGAAAAAUAUAUGAUAGAACCCAUUGAUGACUCAUCCGAAGAGUUUGUCAACUUUGCUGCAAUUUUAGAGCAUAUACUCAGCCAUCGUUUCAAAGGGGAUCAUGGUCCUGCCAGUUGGUUUAGCUCUGAUGGACAACGUGGCUUCUGGGAUUACAUCCGCCUGGCAUGCAACAAAGUCCCAAAUAACUGCGUCAGUAGUAUUGAAAACAUGGAAAACAUAAGCUCCUCCAGAGCUAAGGGCCGGGCAUGGAUUCGUGUGGCCCUGAUGGAGAAGCGCAUGUCUGAGUAUAUUGCAACAGCACUUCGGGAUACUAGAACCACCAGAAGAUUUUAUGAUGAUGGAGCAAUAAUGCUGCGAGAAGAAUCGACUGUCCUUACAGGAAUGCUGAUUGGACUCAGUGCUAUAGACUUCAGUUUCUGCCUCAAAGGGGAAAUUAUGGAUGGUAAGACACCAGUGGUUAUCGACUAUACUCCAUAUCUGAAGUUUACACAGAGUUAUGAUUACCUAAGUGAUGAAGAGGACCGGCACAGCCUGGAAAGCAGUACUAGUGAAGAGAGCUCUCCUGACCACCCUUACUUACCAUUAGUGACUGCAGAAGACAGCUGGUACAUUAAAUGGCGCAAGAUAGAGCAGAAGUUUCGCAUCGUCUAUGCACAAAAGGGCUAUCUAGAAGAGCUAGUUCGGUUGAGAGAGUCACAACUCAAGGAUCUGGAGGCAGAGAACAAGCGCCUGAAGUUAAGGCUGGAAGAGGUGAAGGUGCAGAAUCAGUUAGAGAAACGGGAAUUGGAAGGGAUCAUCCUGGAACUGCAAGAACAGCUAUUUCCCUCCUCCUGCUCUGCCCUCAGGACGGGCCUCAUUCCUUCAGACAACAGCCAAUUUGUCCAACUCUCCAAGGAGAUGUCUGCACCCUUGGUGAACCAGUGGCCCUCUUUGGGUACUCUGAACGUUAAUGAAAGCCAUGCAGAAGCCAAGAUAUUCAGGAGGCACAGUUUCAUGAGCACAGAUCAACUCUCCACAGAAAUAAGCUUGAGUUCUGAUUCACAACGGAUGGGUGAAGGAAAACAUGAAGGGGAACCUUGGGGGCCACUGGGAAAGGACCCAACUCCAUCAAUGUUGGGCCUCUGUGGAUCUUUGGCCUCUCUGCCUAGCUGCAAGUCUUUAGCUAGCCUAAAAUCCAACGAGUGUCUGGUGAGCGACAGCACAGAGCCUAGCCCUGCUCAUAGUCCCAGCUGAAACAGCAGCAGACUAUUCUCAUAAAUCUUAAAAAUGUCUAUGAAGGAGAUUUUGGGUGGACAAAACAUCUUGAGUCAAGCUCCUUCGGCUUGAUUUCAGUAGUUGGGGAGGGCAACUGAACCAUUUAUCCAGCUUGAUGCAAAAGGGCAAAGUGUCUGCUUCCUCAUCAAAAUAUUCUUAGAAACCCAGACUUUCUUCCUUAAAUUGGGAGCAGAGGAAAAAAAAUUGAGAAAGCACCCCCUUUGUCAGAAAAUGGAAGGAUUGGCAACAAAAAGCGCUUUUGUAACAUGAUGCUGUAUAUAUGUAAUGUAUAUAAUAUAUGGUUGAGAUUGCCAAAAGGUGGCUGCCUCUGCAAAACAACAUUUAAGAAAAAAAUCCUCUGUCUAUUGCCAGAGGCAGAAAGAUCUCUACAAGUUGAAAGCUGCCGCACAUCGUUCAAUGUGAAGAUUUGCACAAUGGACAAGGAAAUUGCCUGGUCCUAUAUCUUUCCCUUUUCAUUGAAGUGAAUGCUCUGUGGUUGUGUUCCUGAAAACAGCAUUUUAAGACUUACUUGUGGGAAGAGAGAUAAUUUGUUACCCAUGUUAAGCCCACUGCCGCACUUCAAAGACAACUGCAGGAUCUGUUUUGGUUAAUCGUAUUACAGAAAGGGGAUUCAAGGCAGCUUCAGAUUCCUGGAUAACUUUGCAGCACAAGAAUCAUUUUUGUGUCUUCCUUGGUCCUGCCACUCUUGAACGAGUCUACUUCCAACAUGUUUCUCCUGCAUGUUGCUAUCCCAUUGGAAAUUUCUGCUAUAGAGACAGAACAUUGGAAGUUGAAGAACCAAUAUUUAUAUCUUGACUUUGAUCUGUGCCAUAGUUCUGAAGCAGCAAGACAAACAUUAAGAAUCUACUCCAGGAUAAAUCAAGAUCGUCACUGACCAGAACUGAGAAACUGACUGGUACCACCUAGUGAGAUUGUUAGAACAAACAAACAUUAAAUCAAAUUAAGGAGUUGGCAGACAAUGCUUACUGAUGCUUAUUUUCUGGUAAGAAAUCCAGGCUGGGUUUUUAAAUUCUGCAGUCACUAACAAUUUCAACAGUGACCAACUGUGUCAAGAAUGGGACAAGUCACUUACGUCUUCCCAUUCCUCCCUCCAAGUAAACACAAGUCUCAAUGGUUUAUGUGUAACACAAAAGGGAAGAGCUUCUUCCCAUAACCUUGUAAUAAUGACAGUAUUGUCAAAAUUACAAAGCCAUAACUGAAAACCUUCGGUAUGUCUAUGUGGGUGGUGAGGGAAUUCACAUUUCUCCCAUUUAGAGUACUGAGAGAUAAACUGGCUGUGCUUAUGAGCAUUGCAAACUUAGCCUAUGUUGCUAGUUAUGUACACUAACUAUGUUGCUAGUUAUGUACACUAUGUUGCUAGUGUACGUUUAGAACACUGGCUCGAGUGAACCAGGAAAACUCCAGUUUUAGUCAUAUAUUUUCUCAUAAGCUAUUAUCUGCAUAUUGCUGAAAGAAUGGGGAAUUGCUCAAGACCAAUUGAUAAGCUGAUGGUGAGGCACGAAACUCAAUAGUUUCCCAUUGCUGCCAACGUUAUUUAGGAGAAUCUUAUCCCAGUGCAACAUUUCCUAGAAUUAGAGUAUUCUAGGAUAAUCUAGAUUUAGAAUUUAGUAUUCUAAAUCUUCUGAGGCUCACAAUAUAUGACAGGAUCAGCAAUACAACACCUGCGAUCACCAUGUCAUAUAAGAUUUCCUAUGGCUGUUAAAAUAAAUUCAACUCAUACUA